ACGUGACAACAGCGUUACUGUAUUUUCCCAAACUUGGGCUAUACAUAAAACAUUGGUAACACUUUGACGGAGCACAAAUGAUGCAGCAUUAUGCUGUUACUUAUGUAUUAAUUAACCACAAACUAAUUCAGUGAUUUCAUACCGAUCCCUUGUUAAAACAUGCGUCACGAUUCCUUAAUGAUGAAUUAUCUCAAGCAGUUACUAUAUUUGUUACUAUAUAUCUGUUACUUCUGUACACAUUUGUGAACGACUGAAGGAACAAGUCAUGAGUAACAGAAGGCUGGGCGGCAUAAAACGGUUAAAAUGCGUCCGAGUCCAAUAUCGGAGAAGCCAGUCUGCCUGAAGUCAGUCAUCGUCAGGAAUAGACAACACUGGGCUCUCUAGACAGGAGGAGGUUGUGUAAAAUGGCUACAGACUGGACUCCCGCUCUCUGGUCGGAUACCUUCGCUCAGCUGGAGGAGGACGAGCUGGAACACGGCGACAGCUGGGCGUUUCAGUUCAACUACAGCCUGACGGAGACCCUGACUAACGAGGAGAGGAGAAGAGGCUGGAAGAUCUACAGUUCCAGUGCUCGCGGAAGUUUCAGUUGCAGCAGAUGUUCCAAACAAUGGACCUCCGCCAGAGCUGUAGUCCUCUUCCGCUACCGCCUGCAGAGCUCUUUGUGCCGGGGAACCGUCAUCAUGCGGCCCUUUGGCCAGGCCUGCCGCCGCUGCGACAGGGAUUUUGAACGGCCGGGGUUCUCCCCGAAGGUGGUAGAGGACGUCCUGCUCUGCCUCUUUGGCAAGAUCAGGAAGAACUGCUACGGAGAGGAAGAGGAGGGUGAUGAAGACCUUGGCUCCGACAGCUCUGAGAAGGGGUGGACCAAACCCCAUGAGAGUGCGCUAUGCGAGGCCUGCAGUCAAAACAUCUGCUGCCAGGAUGAGUAGUGCCUGCGGGGCCCAGGAAGGCAGGCAUUCCGCAGGCCUAACUCUCUGUAGAGGGGACAUGGGCUGGGGGAUUGUGUGCUGCUUUGGGAUCUGUCCUUUUUACCUGAUAAAUAACCAGCAGUAGGGGUUUUAAACCCUUGUGUCUGUAAGAGUAUUGCAAGCCAAUUACCCAUAAAUCACUGUAUAUAAGCAGACUGAUAUUUAUACUCUGUAAAAUGUUUUGAAUACAUUAAAAUCUUUCCGCUUUUGAAUUUAACUAUAUAUAGAUGCAUUUUUAAUGCAAUAAUAUUUUUUUAUUGUCUUGUGUAAUGUAAAAAUUUAAAUUCUCAUAUUAAAUGUUAAUAAAUUUGAAGAAAUCAUGA